GUUUUCUUUAUCUAAAGCAUAUAUUGUUUAAUGUUAAGCAAGUUUAUCUCUGCAGCCGUUGUAAUGUGCAGCUACCAGCCAACUCAUCUCGCAUGAAAACACGGGUUGUGUACUCGCGGGCAGAUGACCACGGAUUAACAAGACUGAUUAACAAGUGAUUUCAGUAAUUCGUUGCAAAUUAGGUGUGUCAGUGUCGGAUUCUUGGAUUAACGGGUCUAAAUAGCACUGAUUUAAUCUGUUCCCAUCACUAGUGUCGGAUAAAGCCAAUUGUCAGAUUAUAUAAUAAUAAAUAUAAUUCUCGAGACUGAGAAAUGGCAGCUAUUAUGCAUUGUCUCCUGUUCAGUAGGCAGGUACCACGCCAAUUCAUCACUGCUCCCCAGAGGCCAGGUUGCAGCUAACACAGUGUCUAAUUCUGAUGGUGAAGCCACUGUGGUGGCCCCAAGGCUGAGAGCAGAUAGCAGUUCUGUCAUACAGAUGAAGUAAACAAGCCAUCCAUUGACCAGCAGCUAAAGGGUUAACACUGAGGAAUACUUCUGGAAGUCCCUCUGAACAUACUGUUUUUACUAAAAUACUCCUUGUGACAAUGGAGGAAAAUUAGUGCCAAACUAUUGUUCCAGUACUAACAUAUUGAGACUAUAUUGAAGCCACUAACAAAGAUUCAUGUGUAUGACAAGAGAUGUCUGAUGACUUGAAGCCAUCUUCAUCCAUCUUCAACAAGACCACACUCUUUGGGAGUGAUGCCAUUGGGGCCACAGCUCAGUUCUUAUACAUGUUUAUUUCACUACUGCUGGCAGGGGGAGGUAACUCCCUUGUUAUCACAACCAUCAUAAGACAACACCAACUCCAUUCAACUACCUACUACAUCCAGCUUGGCCUUGCUACAGCGAACCUAGUGUUUGCUGCUGUCUGCCUGCCCACUGCAAUGUCCGUGGUGAGUGUUGCGCAUGCUGGGUUUGCCGGCCCCUGGUGUCAGAUCCAGGGCUCCAUCAUAUUCAGCACUGGAAUUGCCAGCAUGCUGCUCUACACCAUCUCCUCUCUUGAUAGGUUAAUAUGCAUCCUCCAUCCUCUCUGGUACAUCAACUCCUGCUGGGCUAAUCGCCCAUACAUCUACAUCAUAAUUAUCAUCAGCUCAGUGCUUGUUGUUGCCAUUGUUCCUCUGGCAAAGCAGAGCUUCAACUUUCAUGAAGGCAUGAUGGUGUGCACUCUCAUGUCCACAUUCAACUAUCGUGAACACACAUACAUCUCCAUCAUAGGCACUAUCCUCUUCAUCAUCUGCAUCCUCAUCGUCAGCAUAACACAGAUAUCCAUAUUCCUGAUAGCCCGGGCCAAGAUCAAACACAUUCGCCCCUGGAACCAGUCAAACCAGCACCUGAUGAUGACACUGAGAGCCCACCUCAAGGCCCUCAAGCCCACCAGUCUUACCAUCCUCAUCUUCGUGCUCACAUGGUUAGCCUACAGUGCCAUGAUCAUUGUGGACAAGAAGGCUGAGAACUUUCAUAACACAACACAGUUCAAGGCCACAUCCCGAGCCAUCUGCCUGAUGUUCAUGACACUUCCCCAGUUCUGUAACCCUUUCAUUUACACAAUCUAUGACAAGAAGUUCUGUGAUGCUCUCAAAAGGCUGCUCAAUAUCAAGAGCUUUCACACCAACACACAGCCACAGCCAACUCAAUACCCACAGGAACAGAUUUCCAGGUUCUAGAUGCUCACAGCAUCAUGGCCACCAAGGUGUGAGUAAAUGUAGAGAAUAUGUACUUCCAUGUGACUUUACAUGCCUGUACAAAGGGAAAUACUACCAUAGCUUUCCUAUUUGUAUCCUACUGAUACUUAUUUUUAACAUUGGCUUACUGAUCUGUCCAUCCUGAAAAAUUGAAGAGAAGAAAAAAUUAAACUGAAUGCUGAUAGCAAUAGUUAUUAUUAUUUGGCCAAAUGUAAAGUAUUGAGUUGGCCAUAAAUUGUGUGCAUACAUUGUGCAUACAAAUUGUUAAACAUGAGGAUCACUUUAGCAAACCUUUUACAUUUAAAGCCUUAACCAAGAAACAAAAGAAAGAAUGUGAAGGCACCAGGUACAAUCAACAUGUCAUAAUGUUGUGAAACACUUAGCCAUAAAGUAAGGAGACUCCAGGUGUCUGUUGUCUUUGUAAUGUUGUCUGUUUGAUGUGAGCAUUGUGAGAGGAGAAGUAGAAUAUAAAUGGUUGUUGGUUGGUUGGUUGGUUGUUUAACGCCGCACUCAGCAAUAUUCCAGCUAUAUGACGGCGGUCUGUAAAUAAUCGAGUCUGGACCAGACAAUCCAGUGAUUAAUAUCAUGCGCAUCGAUCCACGCAAUUGGGAUCGAUGACAUGCAUCAACCAAGUCAGCGAGCCUGACCUCCCAGAAUAUAAAUGGAAUAUUUAGGGCUCCUAGCCAGAUUGACUAAGAGCCCUCUUGAAAUUGUCCAAUUUAUUAUUUGUUGUUAUUCAGCCACUUAUUGUUGCAGAGAUCACUCAAUAAGAAGUGGCCUCAUUCUGUCCAAUUGUUUUAAGUAAUUUCAAAAGUGUGGCCACAACAUCUAAACGUAAGUCAACGUCAUAUUUUAAACACAUUGUGUCAAGGUCAGUUUCACAGAUGACACUUCAGAAGUUCAGACCCAGUUUCUGUUGAUGAUACAAGCAAUAAAUACAUAAUACAACUUCUGAAAACAUCAAAGUUAAAUUCUAAAAUGAAACUUAACCUUUUUGCAUUUAAGUUAACCACUUAUGGAUGGCAUGUGCUGUAAAGUUCACUUUGAUUGGUUUUUCCUUUCACUGAAACUGUGAUAAUGCGAGAUGAAUGGUUUGCUGGAAUAGUAUUUUCAUGGUGUCUUAUGUACAUGUAACAUACUGUAAGCAUACAAGAUAAUAUUUGAUAACUUUUGUUUGUUUGUUGCUCAUCACCGCACUCAGCAAUAUUCCAGCUGUAUGACAGCGGUCUGUAAA